GCUGAGGCGACGGCGGCGCUGGGCGGGAUGGAGUGAGGGGGCGAGCGGCGGAGAGAGCGCAGCCCACCGAGUCCCGGCCCCCUCCCCCUUUCCUCUCUCUGGCCCGGGUCUAUGCGGCCCCCCAGAGACCAUGGGAUCCAGGAUCAAACAAAAUCCGGACACUACCUUUGAAGUGUACGCAGAAGUCACCUACUCAGGAAUCAGUUGCGUUGGGAAAGAUCCUGAGGUGCGGAGGCAAUUCCCAGAGGGCUACAGUGACCAGGAAGUUCUACAGACUUUGACCAAGUUUUGUUUCCCCUUCUAUGUGGACAGCCAUGCAGUUAACCAAGUUGGGCAGAACUUUACAUUUGUGCUUACAGACAUUGACAGCAAACAGAGGUUUGGAUUCUGUCGCUUAUCUUCUGGGGCCAAGAGCUGCUUCUGUAUCUUAAGUUACCUCCCAUGGUUUGAAGUCUUCUAUAAGCUGCUCAAUGUCUUGGCAGAUUAUUCAGCAAAAGGACAGGAUAGUCAAAGGAGCGAGCUCCUAGAAACAUUUCAUAAACUUGCCAUCCCUGAGCCAGGAACCUCUGUUCAUCUUGGAGUGCACUCUUACUUUACUGUGCCUGACACCAGAGAGCUUCCGAGUAUACCUGAAAAUAGAAAUCUGACAGAGUAUUUUGUAGCAGUUGAUGUCAACAACAUGCUGCACCUCUAUGCCAGUAUGCUGUAUGAACGCCGCAUCCUCAUUUGUUGUAGUAAGCUGAGCACUUUAACUGCCUGCAUUCAUGGGUCUGCAGCUAUGCUCUACCCGAUGUUCUGGCAGCAUGUUUACAUUCCUGUUCUGCCCCCACAUCUAUUGGACUACUGCUGUGCCCCAAUGCCCUACCUCAUUGGAAUACAUUUAAGUUUGAUGGAGAAAGUAAGAAACAUGGCCCUGGAAGAUGUAGUGAUUCUUAACGUAGACACCAACACACUGGAAACCCCUUUUGAUGACCUUCAGAGUCUUCCUAACGAUGUGGUUUCUUCACUGAAGAGCAGAUUGAAGAAAGUCUCUACAACCACUGGAGAUGGUGUUGCGAGAGCGUUUCUCAAAGCACAGGCAUCUUUCUUUGGGAGCUACAGAAAUGCCCUGAAAAUUGAACCUGGUGAACCCAUCACUUUUUGUGAAGAAACGUUUGUGUCCCAUCGUUCUACUGUCAUGAGGCAGUUCCUUCAGAAUGCCAUUCAGCUCCAACUCUUUAAGCAGUUCAUUGAUGGCCGUCUGGAUCUUCUUAACUCUGGUGAGGGCUUCAGUGAUGUUUUUGAAGAGGAGAUAAAUAUGGGAGAAUAUGCAGGUAGUGACAAAUUAUACCACCAGUGGCUCUCUACAGUAAGGAAAGGAAGUGGAGCCAUUUUAAAUACAGUGAAGACCAAAGCCAACCCUGCCAUGAAGACUGUCUAUAAGUUUGCAAAAGAUCAUGCGAAAAUGGGAAUAAAAGAAGUGAAAAACCGCUUGAAGCAAAAGGACAUUGCUGAGAAUGGGUGUUCUGCGACACCAGAGGAAUCCCUACCAAGAACAGCACCUUCACCAUUGGUUGAGAAGAAGGACCCUAAAUUAAGAGAAGACCGAAGGCCAAUCACAGUACAUUUUGGUCAGCAGCAAAGACUCCGUCCGCCUCGGCCACCGCCUCCAAAGAUACAGCGUUCGUCUAGGCCCGUUCGCCCACCAAGACCUCAUGUUGUUAAGAGACCUAAGAGUAAUAUUGCUGUGGAAGGACGAAGGACUUCAGUCUCCAGUCCAGAACACCUUGUAAAGCCCAUGCGACACUAUACAGUCUUCCUCUCUGAGGACUCUUCUGAUGAUGAAUUUCAGCAGGAAGAGGAUCCUGUCUCUGGCUUCUCUGAAAACUUUUUCUUCUCUGCUCCCUUUGAAUGGCCUCAGCCGUAUCGGGCCCUGAAAGAAUCCGACAGUGCUGAUGGGGAAGAGGCGCUCAGCCCAGAAAAGUCCAAAGAGCCUCUGCCUCCAAGCCCUCUCCUCUCAAGCAAGGCCACCGAAAUCAACCUCCUUGAAGACAUCUUCCCAAACUUAGAAGUAGAAACACAGCCUCAGCCUCUCAGCCAAGCCAAGAGCCUGGAAGACCUGCGGACUCCCAAAGAAGAGGGGGAUCAGCGAUGCACAUUCGAUUACCAGAGAAUGGAUCUUGGUGUGUCAGAGAGGAACAGGAUUGUGCCACCCAUGAAGCUGUCUCACCCUUACAACAAGCUCUGGAGUAUGGGUCAUGAUGACAUGGCUAUUCCGACCAAGUAUUCCCAAAGCUCACCGGAAAGGCCCUUGACUGCGCUUGGUAACAUGCCACCCAUCACAAGGAGACCCCGGAGCAAAGACAGCAUCCUGGCUCCUGCAGAAAAGGAUGAAUCAAAUGCUGCCAUUCAAGGGAACAUUACCAUUCCUAGGCCACAGGGAAGAAAGACUCCUGAACUGGGGAUAGUGCCACCACCACCAGCACCCAGGGCUUCCAAGCAUCAGACUCCAGCUGGGCCAGCAGAAAUUCUCACCCCAGGACGUAGCCAUUUGGUUUCAGAUCUUAUCCCAGAGCCCUUUGGAGCUGGUAGCAUGUCCUUAGACCCCGAAAUCCAGCAGUCGGUAAAUUACUCCUCUCGUCCAUCUCAGCUUUUGUCCAGUGCUACUGGCACCGCUGAGAUGCUCCAGCCUGUCAAGGUGCAGACAGAAAACACAGGUAACGAAAGCGACUACCUUCUUAAUCUGCUGGAUCCAUUAAAAACAGCCAGCUGGCAAAGCAGUGGCCCACAGCAAGGUCCCCGCAGCCUGCAGAGCUCAGCUGCUUCACCUUCUGCAGCUGGCUUUGCCUCGGUGGCAAGUGACUUUGUGCCAACUCCAGCUGCACCAUUUGUCCAGCCACUUGGUUAUCCUUCCCCAGCACCUCCUCCUUUUUUACAGCCAUCUCCUAACCCAUUCACACAAACAAUGCCAGGAGCCCUUUCAGUGUCUCUAGUUAGGCCCCCGAGGGGCUCUUUUACCCCCUCUUUAGGUCACGCCUAUAGCUCUAGCUUCAUAACCCCUAGUUCAAGCUUCUACCCGCCACAAAGACCUCAACCAAACAUUUCAACACUCUCCAUGCCAAACUUGUUUAGCCAGGCUCCAGCUGUGCCACUGGCGAGCUCCUUACUGCUGCAGAGCCCUUCUUCUGCAGGCUCUCUGCAGCCAGCACGUUUGAGUGGUCCUUCUAAAACCAGAACGUUACAGGUGGGCCAGGCCAGCUCAAAGGUAGAUCCCAAACAAGCGCGCUCUCUCCUGUCUAACGAACCCCCUUUGAUCCCUGCCAGGCCAGCUAAGGGCUUAGAGUCAGUGUUACUGUCCUCAAAAUCUGAGGAGACAAAAGAUCCAUUUGAAGAUUUGCUAAAAAAGACAAAGCAAGACGUGUCAUCCACACCAGGUAAGGUUGAACAGCUCAGAAAGCGAUGGGAAACCUUUGAGUAACACUCCCGAUGGCCUUUUGAUGUCCCUUUGGAACUGACAGAGGAUUUUUUGGGUUUUUUUGAGCCAGCAUAAAACCAAGCAUUUCUUUCAUGGAAGGCUGAGCCAGGAGAGCUGCAGGACCAGCACCAUGCUGCAACUCGCACAUGAAAUCUUUUAACCCAGAGUUCCCCCAUUGUCCUGCUUCCUGCAACUGCUUCCUCACUCUCCACCACUGGAAACCCCUGGGACGUGCACUGACCAAAGCAUGAAGGUAGCGGGAUUGGGUUUGGUUUUCCACACAGAGCUUUUUAGACAACACCGCUGAGGCAGAAGUUGCUCCUUCCCUUUUAUUUGCAGUCCUUAAUGUAGGCAGGAGCAUGACGUGGCACAUGGACUGGUGUGUUCUUCCCGCAGGGGGAAUGGUGGUGAGUUUUUCUUGUGUUUGUUACACAAUAACUAGAAUCUUUUGCUUUCAUGUGUAAAGAGCAGCAAAGCAACCCAGCCCUGUGGGCUGCACGGGGUGCAUCUGUUUGUUAGGCUCUGAGUUUGCCCUGUCUCGAAAUGCAGCUGUUCAUUUAGGUUACAUUAUUGGAUGAGCUUUUAUUGCAGACUUUUGAUUUCCUCCCUGCUAUACUGAGAGGUAACAGGGACUUCUCUGGUGCAGAGGUGUUGUAAGUCCUUGUUGCAACAAAACCAUGGCACAGAGCAGUUGCUCAGGGUUUGGUCCUGCAUCUCUGUUGGGAAACUGGAAACACCAGCAAUUGUUUUCAUUUUUAGGGUUUUGUUUGUUUUUGUUAAAUCCAUCAGAAAAUAGAGACCAUAAAGAGUAUCCUAGUUCUUAUAUCUGUGUAUGUUAAUAUUAUAUAUAAAUACUAUAAAUGGCAGUAUAUGAAUGGAAUGUAUCAAUAUCUUACUUGGUUAUUACAAACAAAAAAGAGAAAAAACUUGGGGUAUGAAAGUUCCCAGCUCAUGUUAGAGGCCAGUGUGUGGACAUGCUGGGAGCGAGGUACAGGAAUACCGGCGCCUGCCUUGGAAGCAGGGGUUGGACCGGGCCUGCGCCCGGCUCCAUCGGCCUGUCCUGCAGUGCUGAGACCCGUUUGCGGGUACAAGGAGACAGUGACUGGAUGAGGAAAUGGACUGUGAGGCCAUGAAGGCCAGCCGAGCCCUGGGAAGGUUAACGGGUACGUUCAUCGGGAUUUCUGAGACGCUUCCCUGUGGCAAUACUAUUCUCAAGAAAUAAUCACCUUCAUCUUGGCAUCCCUUCUCAAACCUGCUGUCUCUGCAGUGAUCAUUUCUGGGUUACUUCCGUGGUGCUGCUUCAUUUUGUUUUGUAUUUGGGCACAAUCUGCUGUAAACCAUGUUACUCUAGAAGAGGUAAUCACAUCACCAUAAGCCUUUGGUAAAGGAAACCAUUUUGGACACACGGGGAAAUUCUUGUAAAGCUUUAUCUGAUUUCCAAUGUAUCUAUUUUAGUCACAUAAUCUUGGAAGUUUUCUUACUCAGUGUAUGAAGGUGGCUGUCUCUGCGGUCGAGUCUGACAUGCCAAUAGUGUGGGGGAGACUGUAGUCUUACAUUAAUACUACAUUUCUGUACAGUACUGUUCCUCUGACGAGCCACUCGGUUGGGUUUGUAUUUUCCUUUUGUGUUGGAAGACGGUUUUAGUAUUGCAUAGUAAAAUAUUAAAAGUCUCAGCUAAUAGUUCCACUUUAUUUUAUACAGUUCAGACUAUGAAUGUUAUCUGUAAAUUCAGGCUGGAAUUUCAGAUCUCCUUUGCUAUGAACCAGAUGAUAAAACUGUCUUGAUUGUGGUGUGUAUGUGCAGGCACCGGGAGGUUCUGCACAGGAUGUGCCACUGGAAUUUCACAUUGGUUUUAAUUAAUAUUUGUAAUGUCACACAGAGAUGAUAAACUGAGGAGGCCUCACACAUGCUCAGGUAAUUCUGUAUCACUGCAUAUCAUUGCCCAUCUCUGGUCAUUUUACUCUGCCCAUAUUAUAGAAUAUUUUAUGCAGUGGGUUUUUAGACGAACAAGCACAUUUGGGUUUAGCUUUUGAGUCAGUUUGAGGCACCGAAAAGCAUUAACACUUCAAUAAAUGCAUUAAUCACCCUUCACUUAGUCUUGAGGGGCAGGGGAAGGUUGGACACCCCUCGAGAUCAGGAGGACAAGGCAGCUCCUAGAGCUCGUGACCUCCCUCCCUUGGGAACAGAUUUUGCAGGGGGCUGGUUUCUGUGUUUUUGGUAAUAAAGGAACCAAAUGUCCCUCAGGCAGAAUUUAGUGUUUUAUUAAAACUCAGGAAUUCCAAACAUGAUUCAUUCCGGCUGGAACCCAAAUGUGCUUGUCUGGGGAUGGAAAACUUUGCUUUUUCUGAUGUAGAAGUAUUUUUGGUGGUUUUACCCAUCAAGAUAAGUGUUCCUGAUAUUAUUCAUCAGUGACUUUAUAUCAGUUUUGUACAUUUCUCCUGUAUUCACCACACCUGGGUGGUAAAGCUUUGCUUGGUUACAGCAAACCCUUAGCGUUCUGACACAGCUGCUGCUGUACUGAAGGUACAACCAGUUUUAUAUCCUGUUCACUCACAAGGUUAGAAACAUUUUAGACACAGGCAUUGGAAGCUGUGGAGACAUGGGAACGUUGUUGCUGAAGACCCCUCAUUACCUUAUGUGUAUGUUACAAGAGGUUUGUGAUUCCCCUGCACGUACUAGGGGCUAUUUUUUAAUAACCUGCAGUUAGAAUCUAACAUCCAGGUUUGGAAAUUGGGGUUUUUUCCACUUUAUUUCUAAUUGUUGGAGGUUAACAGCUGGAUGGAUUUAAAAGGGGAAGCAGUGCAGACAGGAGCUGCUGCAGUCGCCUCCUGUCCUUUGGGAAUGGCUGCGUUCCCCCGCACAGGUCAGAAUCAGCCAUCGAAUUACUCUUAAAAGAAGCAACCACUCACAGUCGGGGGAACUGGGUCUAUUUUUAACCAAAUUUUAUUGUAAAUUUCUUUGAAGGACAUUCUAAUUUUUUUACAAAUUAUAAAAUUUACAAUUACAAAAGAAAUCAGGAGCUGGAACUACAGCAAAUGCAGUUCUGUGAAAAAAUAUAUUCCAAAAUUAAAUAUCAAAAGGAAGUUAAGUUCAUUACUGAAAAAAACCAAACUUUCAUAGAUUAUUUUGCAGAAAUGCUCAAGACACUGACAAAGUAUUUUAACUUUUCUAGUACUGGCUUUGGGUGCUCAACGUGGACACGGCUGCUCUGUAAUCCUGGGAAGCGCCGGAGCAGGAUGAACCCUUCCUGCUGCCGGCCUGGAGCCGCAGACAGCUCCCUGCCUGCCAUUACCUGGGUUUAGCUCUUUACUGCGGUGGGGUUUGUAGCUGCUUGUUGCCUUUCAGGCUAUUUCAGUAGCUUACUUACAGUUCUUAAUAACACAAAUCUGGUUUUCUUCCCAAAGUGAUACCGGCUGGAGUAAUACCUGUUUAUUUAGAUCCCGUUGCUGCCUUUGUUUUUCCACAAUUUAAAUGGAAAAACUGGAGUGGAGCUGGAAGGUGAAUCAGGUUGGAGGCUGCAGAACCCAGAGCUGAGGUGAAGCUUCUGUGGUUGAUUACAAAUUGGGAUCGGAUGAAGAAAACCUCACCUACCAUUGCAGUGCAGCAAGGGCUGCCCAGCUGGGCUCAGUCCCGGCACUCCAGGGACAAUGCCACCCUUCCAUAGGGACAGGUUUGGGUCAGGGUGGAUUUUUGUACCUCCAGAGCCAGUACAGGGCCUGCUCCCCUGGAAAAGUGAUGCCUCCUUCAACUUGUUCAUCCUCUGGUUGCACAGAUGCUGCUGAGCAAAGGAGCAUCACCUUUUUCCUAAGGCUGCAGCCGAACUGGUUCCAGGCAGCGUGUGAGUGACAGGGCACUGCCUCUACUCCCCAGCUGUGAGAGACCUUCCUAAAGAGCAUCUGUAAACUACACACAGCAAUGAAUUCCUAAGAAAAGUAACAGCAGUGUUAUUACUAAUAAAUUAAUAAAAACGAA